GUGCGCUAUAUCGGAUGGUCACACUGGCAGUAGAGUGACCAUUGCUGAAUAUUUGCAAACAAAAUAACAUUUUUGUUUGUUUUUUUAUAACAAUAUGAACUGCCCCUUGGACGAGGAGCUGCUGGCCAAUAUAAAAUGCAGUGACCAGGAGGAUGCUGGCGACGAGGAGGAGAAGAUGCAGAUGCAAGUGGAGGAGCAGUUGCCACAGCUGCCGGAAGCCCAGGAAGCUUACGAAGACGACGCCGAUCCCCUGCAAGAGACGGCAGGAAGCUGCCGCUUUUCCUGGAUCUUCGAGGACGGCGAUGUGCUGAUCAGUGACGAGCAACUGGCGGAGACGGUGCUCAAGUCUGAGGGUUCAGUCCGGCCGGGAGUCACUCCUAAAAGGGGCCGUGGCCGCCCGUCCCAUAAUGCUGGCCAUUACACAUCGAGCACUGGCCAAAUAUGGAGCGUGUCCAAGGAUCCCCAAGUGGCAGCUGGGGAGGAACUGCCUCUGCUGGGCCAACAAGCCUGCGGCAAGGGACCCGCACGUUCCGUUUCCAACGCGGUAGAGGCCUGGAUGCUCUUGUUCGACGAUGAAAUGCUCAAGUCCCUGCUGCGUCACACCAACGAGCAGAUGCGCAAGAAACGGAAUCCCACGGGUGCCCAGCGACCCCUGGACAUUGUGGAGCUGCGGUCAUUUCUCGGCCUGAGCUACCUCUGCGGGGUGUUCCGCAAUGCACAGUACAGGGGGGAACUCGAGGAACUUUGGACGCUGGAGCUGGGCAAUGCCAUCUUCCGGGCCUCCAUGACCCUCGCCCGAUUCGAGAGCAUUUCCGAGUGCCUAUCGGGCCCCAGUGGUGGUUGGUCAGAGGCCCAAAAGCUCUGGCAGCGGCUCCUCAUCAACUGUCGUUCCUACUACGGCUGCAGCAGUUGGCUGAAUGUGGAUGAGGUCAGCGGCACGGUGGCCAAAAACCGGUUGACCCUCUGCUGCGACGCCAGGACCCUGUACAUGACCAAUGCUUUGGUGAGCAGCAGACAACAGAGAUCGCUGGAAAAGGAUGUGGAGCAUUUGAUUUGUGAUUUUAAGACGACGAGCAGGAAUGUGACCUUGGGAUUGCGCCACCUUACCCUGCCACAGAGCGAGCAGCUAAUGCAGCGCCAGCUCAGCUCGCUGGGAGUGCUGGAGGCCACGUCGCCGGAGUGGCCGCGUCAGUGGCAGUGUGAUAGCCUCGUUUACAGUGGCUCCUCCAAGCUCAUUCCGCUCGACGGCGAAGCCGUCUUCUGCUGUGGCCUCAGCCCGCAAGUGGACGCACUCCAGGCAUACCAGAACACUUCCCAGGCCUGCCAGCAGUUCUAUGAGCUCACGGAACGCUUUAGUACCGCCCACAUGCUGCCCUCCGCCCUGGAAAAGCAGAGCAAUUCCUUCCUACAGCUUCUGCACUUCGUGCUGAACGUGGCCGCCGUGAAUGCCUGGAUCCUGCUUCGACUCUCCCCCAAAGGAGAUGCCACAAUGGAGCAGCGCGACUUCCAACGCCAGUUGGGACUCUUUCUCACCCAGCAGCGAUUACAGAGACGCCUCCAGCGUAGGUCUACCACCACAUCGCUGGUGAUGCGCCUGCAGAUCUGCGAGAUUCUCGGACAAUCCAGUCAGCGGUUGCUCAGCGAGGCCACCGGCGAUGCCAAGCGAUCCGACAGCGUGGGUGUACUCACACCGGACAAGGUGAGUCUGCCGGUGGGCGUGAAUCUCUCCAGUCGCUAUGGCGCCAAGCAUCGACGCUGCAAGCCCUGCGCCCGCAGCAAACGGGGCACCAAGUCCCGCACGCGAUGCCAGCAGUGCCAGUCGCAUCGGUGCGGCAACCACCUGAUCUCUCGCUGCUACGAGUGCGUCGGCAUUCUGCCCAGCCAGCUGCCCGAGGGCAAUAUGCGAGACGAUGAACUUGGACAUUAAAUAACAUUUAUUGAA